AUGGCGACGGAUAUGACGCCGUGGGAGACCUUAGGCGCCACCCUUUGCUUUAAGAGCAAAGACGCACAGUUCUGGUGGGACGGGACGGGCCGCAUGUUCGCAAAGCUCAUAGAGCAUGCGGGCUACAGCAUAGAGGAGCAAUAUCGCGAGCUCCAGUUCUAUGCCCUCUUCGUCGCCCCUCAACUCGGCCCGGCUCCAGAUGAGUCGAUGCCGUGGCAAAGCCUGAAGACCCCGGACUCGACUCCCAUUGACUUUAGCUGGGAAUGGCGGUCCGACAAGGAAGCAAUUCUACGCUACGCUUUCGAGCCCAUUGUCGCAGCAGGAACUCAUAGUAAUACCUUGAGAAGUCCCACGGAGACGUGGUUAAAGACAUUAAAGAGUCAAAACCUGAUUCCGGGUCUCGACCUUGAGUGGUACAACCAUUUCGUGUCAAUGAUGGUACCGCCAAACAUUGGCCACAAGGGCUUCGGGGCGUCCUUUUACAAGAGAACGGCGCCCGAAUACGGCACGUCGGUUGCGGUCGACGUGAAUAAGUCGGGAAAAGCCGUCAAGGCGUAUUUCUGGCCGAGCCUCAACGCAAAUGCGCUGGACAUAUCCACCCUCGAAUGUGUCAAGCGGGCCAUUCGAGCCCUGCCGGCCGAGCAGCUCGAAUCGUUGCAGGUCGAGUCAGCCUUCGAAUUUCUAGACCAGGCCACAGAGCGGUGGAACCUCACUACCGGCCUGUUUUCCAUCGACUGCCUCAAACCUCAAAACGCGCGCAUCAAAAUCUACGUCAGCAGCCCCUGGAUUUCGCGGGAGUUUCUCCUGGACGUCCUGACCAUGGGUGGCCGUCUGCCAAGCCCUGACGAAAUCGCCUUCUCCUCUCUAAGCGCCCUGUGGGAUACAUUCCUAGGCGACGCACCCGACCGACUUCCAGACGACGUGAUGGCCAAGUCGACCCCAGGGUUCUACAUGACUUUGGGCCACGGGGGCGCGAAGUCCGUAAAGAUGUACAUGAGCCCACAGCAUUGGUGCGCCACGGACGGGGAGGUGCUCUCGAGGCUGCGACAAUAUUUCGCCUCGCAAAACCAAUCCGAUACUUUGAUGAACAAGUACGAAUCUGCGGUGCGACAAACCCUCGGCUCGGCGCUCGUCGAUGGACGCUGCGGCAGUCAUUUCUACAUUGGAUCCGAGCCUUCCAAGGGCCGGCCGCGCAUGGUCACGUAUAUGAGCCCUCAAACCUACCUAAUUGAAAGAGGCAGGAUGCAGCAGGCUCCUCAAUUGCCCCUCGCACCAUCUGAAAGCUCGGAGGAAGGUGAGGUUGCAGGGGUUGGACCGAAGGAGAGUCUCCCGCCACAAUCGAGGAAGAGGAAGACGACUGACUCGAUCGAGGAGAUGGCUUUUGACAAACAUGCUCGUGCUUCGCAUCUCAAUGGCCGGAAUCAGGUGCCUAGUGUUUGA